GAGAAUCCCCCCAUUGCACUUCAUCUUGGCAUGGUGGAGUAAUGGAGACACAGGGGGACCAGCUGAGGCUGGCUUCUCAGGAAAGGCACUGAUUACAAUGGCUACUUUCUUCUUUGCUUGAUUGCCUGCUGCCUUUAAAGGCAAAGCUGCACCAGCCCUGACCAAACCUUAGUUCCAGAAGUGGGUUCAGCAUAGGUUGCUUCAUUUCUGUCCAUGGAAAAACCAGAAGGAUUCUCAUUCCCUCUUAUUCCAAAUGGGAGAACAAACAAAAGUAACCACUGAGGUGGUAGUCUCUGGGCUGGCAGAGGAAAACCGUUCUCUCCUUAGUACUCCCUAUUGCCCAGGGAGAAUGUGGCCUACACAGCUUCACUGUAUCAGCAUCCCCCAAGCAAACCAAAAAAUGACACCAGGGAUUCAUGGCAGGGAAGUUAAGGUUGGGGCUAGGUUUGGGAGUGAAGAGCAUUAGGAAAAGGGUCUGCCAUAUUGUGAGGCUCUGAGUACUCAGGAAGAGACAACAUCACUGACACUACCUCCAGGAAACUUGUCUAGGGAGGAGUCAGAGAGGGCAGGUGUGGUCCACCGGUUUCUUCAAGAGGAGAUGGAGGGCACUGAGAGCAGAUGGUUUGUGGUCAGCUUAAAGGCAAAGAGAGUCUAAAAUAUUGAACUUAAAAUUGUUUCAGGCAGUUUCACAUUAAGAGCUACCUCAUCCAUUUGACAUUUUGGGAAAUACAGGUUAUAUAAAAUAGAAGGCCAUUAUCGGUGGGAAAAUGUAAAGCCAAGUAAGCUUCAAUUUAAAACACAGACAUACUCAGUACUGCUUGACCAAAACUACAAAAAAACCAAACCAAACAACCUACCAAACCAAUAAAACGCAACUCUGGAAAGAAGCUACUUCAGUAAAAUCUUUUAUAAACAAGUCAGGGUAAAAAAAAAUCUAGCUGUUGAUGAAGCCCAGGAAAAUCCCCCUGCCUAGAGGAGGACAGCAGGACUUGAAGGUCGACCAGCCUAGCCUGGAGACCAUUAUUCUAUGGCACAAAAAUAACAGGAAUGAGGCAUCAGCCAAGGACUCUGCUUACAGCACAGAACUCACAACUGUCACCCUUCACUCACAACAGGCUUCUUCCUACUAAGGAUGAAGCAAAAGAUUCACAAUGAUGUACUAGAAAAUCACAACAGUUAACAUUUACAAUUAGACUCCUUCCCCGUGAAUAGGGACUGCAAACCCAGACAGAGCUAGCCUGGCCACCGCCUCCCAACGAAAACGCCUUGGGAAAAGCCAAACGUGCUCACUGCUACACAAAAUUGUCAGCUAAAGGGAAAAGAAAUCCCUUUUAAGGAAAGUAGCUUCAAUAGGCUGCUUUUCUGCCAGGAUUUUCAAUCCCUCUGAACAUAAGCCGAGCCACAGACUGCCGCACGUAUGUCUGGGUCCUGCUGUUUCUUCCCUCACCCCUCCGCAGAGCUUCAGCACCAGUUGUUAGCCAAAAAUAAACACCAUUCCUCAACCAUAUAUGUCCACUGGCAGGCCAGAACUGGGGAGGAGAGAAGGCAGGUCAGCCCGUCCCCUAGCUGCCGCACUCACAUGUGGCCGCUGCUCACCAUGCACAUAACCCAGCUCAACCGGGAGUGCCUGCUGCACCUCUUCUCCUUCCUAGACAAGGACAGCAGGAAGAGCCUCGCCAGGACCUGCUCCCAGCUCCACGAGGUGUUUGAGGACCCCGCACUCUGGUCCCUGCUGCACUUCCGUUCCCUCACUGAACUCCAGAAGGACAACUUCCUCCUGGGCCCUGCUCUCCGCAGCCUCUCCAUCUGCUGGCACUCCAGCCGUGUGCAGGUGUGCAGCAUUGAGGACUGGCUCAAGAGUGCCUUCCAGAGGAGCAUCUGCAGCCAGCACGAGAGCCUAGUCAAUGAUUUCCUCCUCCAGGUGUGCGACAGGUGCCCCAAUUUGGCAUCCGUCACUCUGUCGGGCUGCGGCCACGUCACCGACGACUGCCUGGCGCGCCUGCUUCGCUGCUGCCCACGCCUGCGUGCACUGCGCCUGGAGAACUGCGCGCGCGUCACCAACCGCACGCUAGCGGCCGUGGCGGCGGACGGGCGCGCGCUGCAGACGCUGCACGUGGACUUCUGCCGCAACGUGAGCGCGGCCGGCCUGCGCCGCCUGCGCGCCGCAUGCCCGCGCCUGGCCCUGCGUGCCGAGCACAGCGCCGCCAUGCUGCCCGACCAACCCCCGCGCCCGCGCGCGCCCGCCGCGACCCUCGGCAAGCUGCUGCAGCACUAGAUACCGCCCCGCCGCGACCCCGGGGGGAGGAGCGCAGCCCCAGACAUCCUGGUUUCGACCCCAGCUCUUCCACCUUCCAGACCAGCACCGCAUCUUCUGAGCCUCAGUUUCCCCAUCUGCACAGUGGGGACAACAAUGCCUACCUCACGUUACGACUUUAUACCCAGAGGAACGCAAGAUUAAAUGGAUGUUUGGAAAAGACUCGGCUGGUUCUCACUCAACACCACCGCCUUUCCCCUCUCGCUUCCGCCCCAGCUUUGUGCGGUGCGCCCCCAACGACGGCGGGAGGUGCCUCGCCGUCCUCGGGGACUCUGCUCGCUAUUGGGUGGAAAUCACCUUGGUGGGGAGGGCUUCACCACUCAGAGCUCGCCCGCUGGCGCGCGGGGGUGAGAGGCCAGGGCUGCGGUGCGCAGGGUCCUGGAGAGCCUCCGGGCGGAGCGACCCCUCGAGACCCAGUGGCCUCCCGGAGUGUCCUGGGGACCGUCGCCUCCAAGGGCCACCGGUAGUGAUCUCGGCGAAGCUGGAGGAGGGAAAGCCGGGUGCCCCUCCCUGCGGUUUGCCCGCGCGCGCGCCUGCCUGCUCGCCUUUGCUGGGGCAGAUGAGUUCCCGGAGUGACUGCACUCGCUAUUGUAG